AUGGUGUUACCACAACAAGAAUCUGACAGCGACCGCGAGGAUGAUACUACCGCUGCCCGUGCCAAACGACGUAUUGCGGCUCUGGAGCAGGAGCUCGAAAAUAUUAGGGCGAGCAAGCGGAGCAAGCCACACUCCAACUCCAAUGUACACAAAGGACGGGGCAUUCGCCGGCUCGUUUCUUUGUUCGAUAGCCUUGAGGACCUCGUGGCCGAAAACGAUCGACGAGAAGACUUACUGCAAUCACUCGAUUCCCAAGAUGAGCUUGACAGGACAUUUAGUUCUUUCAACGAACUCCUUCGUUGCCUCCCUUGGCUGAAGAAGAAACUUUUUUCAGAUGUCGAGGAAUUGGAUUCGAUUUUGAAAGAGCUGCGAAAAGGCGCAGACAGUGCACGAGGGGAUGACACCGCAAAUCUCAAGCAUGCGGUCGUGGUAUGGCUCAAUGAACUCUUUCAUCCAUUGGACCCCCCCCUUCGCACCACGAUCAAAGACGAUCGCGGGUUUGUCCAUAACACCACCGGCAUGCUCUUGUGUCCGGUCGAGUAUGUGUGGUCUCUCUCCUCGACCAAGGACAAGAUCAGAGACCGGGAUUCCGACUUCCUAGUUACCGCUUACUCUUGGCCAGCGUUCAUAUACAAAGACUACUCCUUUGAUUCUGCAAACAUCGAGAAAGGUCUUUUUCGCUCGACUCUACUACUCAAAGCAUUCAAACACCUCUUCACGUCCCCGUCCUCCGCCAAAGAAAUCGACGGUGAUGGCAAUGGCGCUGAUGUCAUCUCAGCAUCUCAGCGCCGUCGGUCCUCGGAGAAUGACGCGGUCAACCGCAGUCAUCUUCGUUUCGCCCUUUCCAACAUUAACUCCUGGCGGAGUGUUGACGGAGACUUCGACUACUACGAUUUCUACAACAACAUUGUAGACUUUUUUGAGGUCGUACCGGGCGCUGAUGCUCAGGCCCGCAUCAACGAGUUGCUCAAAUGGUGGAACAGGAAAGUGUUUGGAAAGAUUCGCACAGUUCCCCUCACUUCAGCGCAGCUUGGGAAGUUCUCAGUUGCGAGGAUGAGUUCGCAGAGGGAAGCUCAUGAGGGGGAUUCUCCUUAA